UGUUUGGCACAUGCCUCGUGAGGUUUGAUAAGGAGAAUAUUUUGACAACGAUGCGUUACAGGUCGAUCGAAAAGAUAUUUGCCUUCAUUGUGCUGCUUUCGAGUGGCGUGUACAUUUACAAUGUCAGGGUGUUCAGCAGACGCUGCGAUGCAGGAAUUCUCAGGUGCAAUUUCGCGCUGUGGCUGAAGGAGAAGACUCUCUUCUACGAACGGAUCCAGCGAAGCCACGCGGACGCGAUGUCGCUCGACGCCACCGUGGCGACGGCGGCGGCGACGACGGCGGCAGCGACGACGAGGGCGGCGGGGACGGCGAGGGCUGGCGGCUCCCUGCCCUGGGAUCCCGACCUCAGGGAGGACGAGAUGCUGGCGGCGAAGGAGUGGCUGCUGGCGAAGAAAAAGUACAACAUCAGCUUGGACAAGGAUGAUGAUUACUUUCGCGAGAGCAACACGCUGGCGGACAACUGCUCCGCGAGUCUGCGCAGGGUGGUGGGCAGGAAGCCACUCCUGCAAGGUAUGUUUGACUUCAACAUACCGGUCCUGCUGCGCAAGGGACACUUCAGCCCAGAGGAGUUUGAUCGCCUUUCAAAGUACCGCACUCCGUACGGCUGGAAGGGAAUGAACAGGACUGAUGUUGAAGACGCCGUGGACGUGCUGAGCCACCCGGAGUGCCGGGAGAUGUUUCCCCACCGCCUGCCUGAUGGCGGCGGCGGAGGACGCGACGCCGAGAAGUGCGUCCGCUGCGCCGUUGUCGGGAACGGAGGGAUCCUCAAUGGGUCCAUGAUGGGAGAGGAAAUCGAUUCCCACGACUACGUGUUCAGGGUAAACGGGGCGAUCACGGCGGGCUUCGAGCGAGAUGUUGGCAAUCGGACAUCCUUCUACUUUUUUUCAACCAAUACCAUGAAGAAUUCCAUGAGAGCAUACAGAAAAUUUGGGUUCAUGCACCCUCCCUGGUCUAAGGAAACUCGAUACGUAUUCGUUCCUUGCGGCCACCAGGACUACUACAUGGUGACCGCUGCCUCCCGACGUGCCGUGGUCAAUAAAGGGCCGGAUAAAAAGGACAAACCCUGGAAUUAUUUUGGAAAUGAAGAUGUCGACAGGAAAUUCAAAAUGCUGCAUCCGGAUUUCUUGCGAUACCUAAAAAAUAAUUUUUUGCCUUCGACACGUCUUCAAACGAAGUUUAAAGACCUCUAUAGGCCAAGCACAGGCGCCAUAGCCCUGCUCACAGCUCUGCACACCUGUGACCAGGUUUCCGCCUAUGGGUUCAUAACCAGCACCUACAAGCACUUCCCCGACCAUUACUAUGACCAAAAGCAGAAGCUCGUUUUCUAUGCCAACCAUGACCUCAACUUUGAGAGGAUGCUUUGGAAGAUGCUCCGGAAAUCACAAGUCAUGACCCUUUUUCAAGGAAAACCUCCAAAGAAAUUAUAGUAGAUUUUUUUAAUUCUAGAUUUGAAGCUUUCGUGACUGCAAUGAUUCAUA